AUGUCAACAAAUAACGUUCCGUUAACGCUUGAAUUGGUUCUUGGUUGGGCACAUGCUGGUCACCAAUGGAAAAACGUACAGCGCUUUCUUUUCUUCCACCCAGAAGAUCUAUUUGUGAUUCCAUACGGUCGCGCGUGGCCUUUGGCACAUCAGAUCGUCUAUCAUGGUAAUAUCGAUCUUAUCAAACAAAUCUUGCCGUUAUACUCGGAUGAUUUAAUUAACAUACGUACACUAUCAAAAGAUCGAAAAUCUUUGUUGGAUGUUGCUAGAGAGCAGCAAAAGAUCUAUCCAGCAAUGUAUACUUUCAUGGAACGUUUGUUUCUUCAGGAUGAUUUAAUAAAAGCUGCAAAAUACCAUAAUUGGGAUUUAGUCAAUCGGAUUCUGGAACAAGAUCGUUCACUCGUUAAUGAAAAACCACCUUAUGCAACAAACUUUCUGUUACAUUAUUUGAUUGAAUAUGGUGAUAAGAAAGUGCUGGAGGAUUUCAUGAAACGCUUUGAAUUUCAAACGAACGUUCUGAGCGCUGAUAAUGAAACGCCACUUGACUUAGCGAAAAGAUUAGAGAGAAAGGAAUUGCUUGAUGUUUUCGAACCAAAACAACAAGAACAAUUACAACCUUCAUCAACGGCCAGUUUAACUAAUUCUUCAUUUGGAAACCGGUCGUUUUCCCUUCCCACAAAUUCAGUUUAUCCAUCAUCAUUACCCUCAGCGUUUACUUCAUAUAGUUGUCCCUAUCCAACUACAGAUCCGUUUCCGUGUCCCUCUUUCGACAGCUUCAAAGUUUCUCUCAACAACAAUGGAAACUUCGUUCUUUCGCCUCAAAACCCCUUUUCUUCAAUUCACAUUGAACUAACUUCUCCGGAUCAACAAACAACUCAAAUGCCAGUCAUCGAUACAUCUACGAAUCCAGAUACUCAAAAUAUCAACACAACAGCAACUGACCAACUCGAUGCCCAUGCGGAAUCUGCUCCUGAAACGCCCGUUACACCAGCAACAAAAACGCAAUUAAUAAAGAGUCUGACAUGUCCGUUAACACGUCAAAUCUUUGUUGAUCCUGUCAUUGCAGACGAUGGUCAAACAUAUGAACGCAACGCUAUUACAAAUUGGUUGAAAUCAAAUCAAACUUCACCAACAACAGGGACUUUGAUGACAACAUCGUUUAUAGAAAAUGGGUGCAUCAAACAAAUCAUACAGUCGUUGAAAAAACUUAAAAAUUGA